AUGUUGAACUACUACUCCUGGUGCAAGCAACUACAAAUCGAUGAGCAAGCGAAUCGCAUCAUCUCCAAGCUGCUGCGCACUUUGGGACCAACUGUAUUGCGCACCGCCAUUCAGGGCAACACAGCGAAUGCGGCACGCGACACCUUCGACGCUGACUUCGAUGAUGAUGAUGACGACCAGACAAAGAGCGAUCAGAGCAGCAGCAGCAGCUCGAGUGGCAGUAGCAGUGGCACCCGGGUAUCCAUUGAGCUGCCCACCUUUGAGCCAGACGAUGAGAACGAGAUUGAUGCGAAUGAGAAGACUAGCAGCACCAGUAGCACCACCACCACCACCACCACCAGCACCAGCACUACCACCACCACCAAGACGCCCAGUCUUCGAUAAUCACAAAGAAAUGUGCGUGUAAAUUUGUUUGCUACAACAACAAAGCGAUGUAUUUCAA